AUGGCAACAGCAACAGCUUUAAAAGCCAUGGCAGGCGUAUCCAAAGACAUAUCACCGCUAUACUACAGGAUAUUGUCGAAAUUCCCUCAAAAUUUUACUUUCUGCUUCGCCUAUGGAUCUGCUGUGAAACCUCAAAUAGGCAACAAUAAAAAACAGAACAUGAUCGAUUUAAUUUACUGUGUGGACAACUCGUAUCGAUGGCAUGCGGCUAACAUCGAAAUAAACCCUUCACACUACUCUGCACUGAGAUACCUAGGCAAAGGAUUUGUCGCAAGGUUCCAGGAGAACUGGGGAGCCAAGGUAUACUUCAACACCCUAGUUGAAAUGAAAGAAGAAAACAUAAUUAUUAAGUAUGGGGUUGUCUCACAAAAAGAUUUAAUUGCUGAUCUUCUCGACUGGAAUGAUCUGUACCUAGCUGGCAGACUGCACAAACCAGUAGAGAUUAUUAAAAAAACCAACAGCACACAACUCCAGGGUGCUCUCCAUUCAAACUUACGCUCUGCAGUCCAUGCAGCAUUGCUCACUUUGCCAGAGACAUUUUCUGAGUACGACUUCUACUUUGCCAUAUCUAACAUUAGCUAUGCAGGUGACUUCCGAAUGACAUUUGGAGAAAACAAAAACAAAGUUAGAAACAUAGUGCAGCCACAAUUGCUAAGUUUUCGUGAAUUAUAUCGUCCCAUUAUACAGCAGUUUAAUGCCUAUGUUGACAUCCCAACUGGAGAUGCAAAAUGUCAUCAGGAUAUAAAUCCAGAGACAAAAUUGCACCACUUAAUGCAGUUACCGAUGGCACCCCAGCAAAGAAUUGUCAAGUUUUGGAACCAUGGUGGUUUGCAACAAGAUAUGGAGGAUGUCCUACGGGCAGUGGCAUAUGAUAUAGACUGUGCUGUUGUACUGCAACAAAUACUGAAAGGCAUAGUGUGGCAGUCCAGUACCAAAAUGAUUUCAGAUGAGUCAAGCAGUGAUUCAGAAACAGGUAGAUUUAAAGGUCGUGCAAAGACUCAAGAUGAUAAGUCUAAUCAAAAGGCUGAUGAUAUAAGGGACUUGGGAAGGAGUAGACAAUCUGGAGCUGAGAGAUUUAAUAGAAACUUUGACAGGAAAAGAGAGGAGCGAUCCCACUCUGAUCGAUAUUCUAGAGAUAGAGAACGAGAUCGCGAUAGACACAGAUAUUCUAGAUAUUCUCCCGUAAAUAGGAGGAGGCAUUCAAGGGAUAGAAGUCCAAAUAGAAAACCUCAUGAUAGUAGGAUCAGAGAAUCUAGUGAAAAGACAAGGGUUAAAGAACAUAGAAGUAGUAGUAGAGAUAGACAUAAACAUUCUGGAUCCACCUCUCGAUCUUAUGUAGCUCAUGAUUUUAGAAAAGAGAAAGAAGUUAAGGAGGAUGUACGUCGUAAACUAGAGCAUGAUAGAAGUCGUGAAAGGUCUAUAAAGAAAUCAAAAGAGAAAUCAUUAUCUCCUGAUCAUAGAUCCAAAAGAUCUGAAAUAUAUAAACCCCCACCUACUGUUGCGCAAAAGAGAAAAAGUGAAAGCCCAAUAGUUAUUGAAGAGCACGAUAGCGAUGCAUCUGCGGAAGUACAGCCGGGCUCUUAUUACAGCAUGAUCCCAGCUGUUGUUAAGGAGAAAACAGAUGAGUCUAGUGAGAUUGAUUCUUCUGACGAUGAGAGGCUUAGGGCGAAACUUCUGAAUUUGGAGAAAGAACUACAAAAAACAAAAAAGAAGAAACAUAAGAAAAAACACAAAAGAAAAAGUUCUAAAUCCAGCAAAGACAGGGAGAGGGAUACUUCGGUAUCAGUAGAAGUAAGUAGUACAACUGACAUUGAUGUAAAAGCUGAUCUAGCAAUAAAGCAAAAUGAACCUGUGGAGGAUGUUGUGGUCUCUUCCACACAAAAAGGUGCUCAAAAAGAGAGUUGCGAAGAAGGCGAGAUAUCAAGUGACGAUUCUCAGAAUGCAAUUGACAUUGAUCCAACAGACUUGAGGCAUAAGUUGAGGCGCUCGGCUCCCAGGGGUGAGGACAAGUCAGCCGUGGACGUGUGCGGGCCUGCGCUGCCGCCACAUCUCGAGAAACGGUUCGAGCGAAGCGCCUCACCAAAUACGGAAGGUCCUGCUCUCCCACCCCACCUUAUGAAGAAUCCAAAAAAUAUAGGGCCUUCUAUACCUGAUGAUAUGCGCAAAGUGCUAGCUGAGAGAGAAGUCAUCAAAUACGAAAGUUCAGAUGAAGAUAUAGGCAUAGGACCUUUACCUGCUGGGUCAGAGGAGAAAUGGUCAGAUGCGCACCGACGUCUCGAAGAAAGAGCAUUAGAUAUAAAAAUAAAGAAUUUAGAUGGCCAUUCUGAUACCAGUAAGGUGAAGACCAGAGAGAAAUGGAUGUUGGAACUGCCUGAAGGCAAAGCGAAAAUUAUCGGACUAGAAGCGCGGAGCUUCAGGGCUAAGGAGGGCCCAGACAUGUCAGACAGAUCCAGUUGGACAGACACUCCAGAGGAGAAAGCAAGGAAAGCAGCUGGACUUGUGAAAGAAGAAGACGUGGAAAUGUCCUUAAAACAAGAAGCGAGAAUGCGCCACAUUGCCACCAGGGACGACGAGCAAGAAGCUGCCGUAAAAAAACAUAAAAAGAAACACAAGAGAGAAGAGAGUCUCCUAGACUUACAUCAAAAGAAAUUGAAAAAGAAGAAAAAGAAGGAAGAGAAAGAAGACGGCAAGAAGGAGCGUCGUCCGUUCAGUCGAGACGUGGAUCUUCAAGUGAACCGUUUCGACGAAGCACAGAAGAAAUCAAUCAUUAAGAAGGCACAGGACUUGGACUGUAGGUUUUCUAGAGGUGAAGCUAAAUAUUUAUAGAAUCAUCGGGAGAGAAUAGCAGAUUCAUACCAUUUCGGCAUGUGGAUGUAAGCACUUGUUCUACAUAAUUUUGUCAGUGAUUGGUGCGCAGCGCUGUCUGCUGUUCUAUAUCUACAAAUUUUACGGAUUUUGUACAAGGGACUUGUAACGAAAAUAGUUAGGUAUAACAAUAUAUUUUCAUACAAACUUACCAACAAAUUGUUACUUUUGAAAUAACUUUUAAAGUAGUUUUUGAAGAAUACCUAAAACUUACAUAAUAAUAUGUGCCCUCUCAGCGGAUUGUUUCAUUGUUUUAAUAAAUACGUUCAUUGUACAAUAAAAUCCUGUAUUCUUCUUCCACCUGUUUACCAUUUAGGUACUUCGAGAAGGAUCUUAUUUAAUACGAAUUCCAUUAUUUAAUUUAUAAAAUACUUAAAUAUUAAAAACUGCGAAUAUUAUGACUAUAUCAAAUGGGAUUUAUGCAGCCUAUAAGCGCUGCCUUUCGACCUAUAAUACCUAUAUACUCUUAAAGUGUAUCGUAUCUAAUUAGAAAUUAUGAAUAAUUUGUUUUCUAUGUGGUUUAUGUAGCAGACGUCCUUUAUAAGAGCGGAAUGAAAUAAAUGAAUAUUAUAUUAAGCCGAACAUUAUUUUAGUUGAAUUUUACUGAAGUAUGAACUUUUUAGUUUUAACUCCGUUUAGGACGUUACUGGGGAACGAUGUUUCUUCUGACGUAUGUUACAAUUGUAUACAUUGCAAAGUAUCUUAGUGAAGCACGGCUACAUGGACUUAUGAAUGUUUUAGCACCAACUGCACAUACUUUGGUUUACCCAUUGGAACUGUCGCAAUUUGGCGACUGCCGUCGUCUUGUUUUAUUCAUUUAAUUUAAUAAAAGACAGAGAUAGUUAAAUCUAAGUAUGUGUAAAUCACCAUGGUGUCAAACAAAGUACCAUCAAUAAUAGAUAACUAAAUGUUUAUGUCACAAACAAUAUUUAUUGACGUUUAUAUGUAUCUCUUUUUGCGCGGCCAAUCGAAAUGAUGAUAGAAAGACGCAUAGGACUCUUUGUUAGCUCAGUCAAUAGAAUUUUUAUUUUCUUAGUAGUCCUAAGUGGCUUUGCUUAAGUAUUAAUAAUAUAAACAAUAACUUAUUCAUUCGCUGAGAAUGAAAUAUCUAGUGCUGGAAGCUAUUUUUCGAGUCCUAUAAAGUUUUUGUAUUCUCUAGUCACUUUGGCCGCGUAUCCUGCUUUACUUCGAAACCAUUGUUUUACAUUUAAUUUGAUGUUAUGCUGCCUAUUCGUAUAAAAACAAGUCUCCUGGUUCAACUAGAACUAUGUACAAAACUACACAUACAUGGCAGAAACUAGUUGUAAAUAUACGAUUUUAC